AACUUUUUUAUAUUUUUUUUUAUUGCAGUAGUGACUAUUUCCGGUUAUAAAUCGUAAAAAAAAUCAGAGAAACUGACAAAGAUUUACGGGUGACCUAGGAUCUGACCUUUCAAAAUUUGAUAACAUGAGAUAUCAUCAGGUGUUAGUUGUGACUCAUGCUUGCAAGGAAAUUUCAGAGGGAAAAGGUAUAAAUGUUUGAUAUGCUACGACUACGACUUAUGUGCAUCUUGUUAUGAAGCUGGCAUAGUAACAACACAUCAUACAACCCACCAUCCCAUGCAGUGUAUUCUCACUCGUUCAGAUUAUGGUAUAUACUAUGGAGGGGAAACAGUGUCAGUAGAUCAGUCUCAAUCAUUUACCUGUCCAUUUUGUGGAAAGAUGGGAUUUUCUGAAGGUACAUUACAAGAACAUGUCACCUUAGAACACUCAGAAAACUCAUUUGAAGUGGUGUGUCCAAUAUGUGCAGCAUCACCUAGUGGAGAACCCAAUCAUGUCACUAAUGAUUUUGCUGCACAUCUAACUUUAGAACACCGCAGUCCUCGGGAUUUGGAUGAAGUCACAACCUCACGGCAGGUUAGAAGAAUUUCACAUCCUGGAAGAGGAAUAAGUGGUGCUCGUGCUCGACGUAACCAGAUGCAGUUUAAUUCCUCGAGCACUUUACCAUCACUAUCGCCUAACAGUAGGGAUUCAAUAAACCCUCUUGCAGAGCUACUUUCUCAGUUGUCUGGCGUUCGACGUUCCACCAACCUGAACCAAUCUAACACAACUUCUCAGCUACAGCAGCUCCAGAUGCAGCUUCAGCUAGAAAGACAGCAGGCCCAGGCUGCUCGCCAGCAUUUGGAACGUCUUCCUCGUAGACAAAACCAGACUGGAGGAGGAACUGCUGUACAGUUUAACCAGGCUUUUCAUGUUGAGCCAACAACUAGUCCUUCUGCAUCAUGCUCUAGCUCUUCCUAUUUGCUUUCAAGGUACACAGAGUGUAAUUUAACUGAAUCAGAACAGCAAGCUCUUGAGGUGGAUCAUGCAGAUCAUAGUAUUUUUGUUCAGGAAUUAUUACUUACAACACUAGCAGAGAAGCUUUCAGUGAGUGGUGGAUUUGGAUCUAUCAUUGAAAAGUUAGAUUUCAGUGUUGAUCAAGAAGGAUCUGUUUCUGCACUAUCUGUAAACAAAGACGUAGAAGUAAAAAGCACAACCUCAUCUAAAGGUUCAACUCAGUUUAGCUCUUCUUGUUUAAAUCUUCCUCAACAAAGGCAUGCAUUGCCAUCAACUCAGGUUUCUCAGACAACCCAACAAGUCAACCAAAGACCAUCGAUAAAAUCAUCUACCACUCACUCAGCCCAACAGUCAUCUUGCACCAAUAUCAACAGCUGUGGCCAGUCCUGUCAAGACAGUAUGAUGCAGCAAUCUCCUUUGGGGCCAAGAGCAGGAGCUAGUGUAUUUUCAUUUUGGGGUCAGUCAAGAGAAGGGCAGGCUUCAGGGCUAACUCUUAACAGAAAUCCCAGUCAUGAAGGAAGAAGUACCUCUCCUUCUUCUACCCGUAGAAAAGUGCUAAGACAUGUAGAUGAUAGAAACAAGUCAAAUGAGCCUCCUCCUCCUUGAUUAACCUUCUGUUCUAGGAAAAAUAUGUUGCAUCUCUAACCAUAUGGGCAGUCCCCUUGUGUCAUCUAGAGCCCUUAAGAAUUUUGUUGAAACACCAGACAAAGUUUAAGGCCACAAGUAAAAAAACCAUAACUGAAAACCUGCCUUAAGUUUUGGCACCACCAGUAUGUCUAGACACUAGAUAAUGUCAACAUGUUUGACAGAUUUUUCAGCUUUGGUUUUAAACUUUGUCUGUUGUUUUAAUGAAAUAUUUAAUGUUUUUUGACCACACUUUUGACUUGACUUUGACUGUACAAAUGUUAUUGUGUUUUCUAUAGAGAUUUUGGUCUCCAUUUGCUUUGUCUGAAGCUCAUAUAUGGACAAGAUAAUUGUAAUAUCUUUAAUUUGUUUCUUUUAUCUUGAUUUCUCAUAAUUAUAUUACCAUGGGCCUGUUCAUUGUAAACAGACUAACCCAAGUUUGAACAUCACAGUACUGAUGAAAUAUCUGUAUACUUAUUUGCAUUUUUCUAAUCUAUAUCCAUGUCCAGUUUUUUUCUUUUUCAUCAUUAAUUGAGCUAGUGUUUUAUUUAUUGAGAGAGAUAUAUAGUUAUCGUAUGUGAAGAACAUUAGUUAGAGAAAGUUAUGUUUGGUAAAAGUUUCUAGAAUUUUGAAGAAUUGUAACAAUGGAAGUUGAAUUUUAAUCCCUUGGUAUAUGCAAAUUUUCUUUGAUGUUAUCUAUUUCUGGUGUCAUUUACAUAAAAAUCAACCUGUUUUUUUUUUAUACUAAGAUUAGCACUAAUCUUUUUCAACAUGCCACUGCUUCAUGGGAAGUUGACAAGUGUGGACCAUUUUUAAAUUUAUGAUGACUGACAUGUAUAUAUAUUAUUAGAAGCUGUCUAAAAUAUGGGGAUUACAUCAUGAUAGAAGCAGCUACCACAGAACUUGUGGAACAUUUAGUCAGGCUGCUGCUGCCUCUUUUUGAAUUAUCUUCUGUAGAAAGUUACAAGGUCACAAGGGCAGGUCAAAUUAAAUGUUGAGAAGCAAUAUACAUAAAUUUGUAUGUUGAGUAGUGAAUUAAUAAGCACCAAGUUAACAUGAAAAUAUGUAAUAAAGUAUGUGUGCAUGCUUCCUUGCAUGUGUUCCUCAUGUACGAAUGCGUGCAUUCAAGUCAAGUUGCCUUGAAUUAGGCUUAACUAAUGAUAAUUAUGUAGUGUUGAUAUAAUUGUGUUGGUUUUUGCUACUAGGAAAUGCUUUGUAUCUUUGAAACAAAUAGCGAUUAGUAAUAUUUAAACAAUUCUUUAGUACAGUUUAUCUUAAACAUUCGUGAAAAAGAAAUUUAGAGUUAUUCUAAUUAAGAUGGACAUACCCAGUAAUAUUCAAGUAAAUUGUUCUUUAAGUUUUGACCAUCAGUAAAAUAAAAGUUUUCACUUUUAGAUUGUAUUGUGUAUUAAACUGUCAUUACACUUAUUUGUAAAAGAUGGUGAUAAGCAUUGUCUCGGGAAAAUAAAAUGAAAGUUUAGGCUCUUAA